AUGCUGAUAAGCCGAGCUGUGUGCAAUCGAUCAUCAAUUAUUAGUCGAAAGAUCCUCGUCUUGGCUUUAGUAGCCAUCGCCGCCUGCUCUCUGGACGUCAUUCCCCACUACAGCCAUCAUGGCUAUGGACAUGGAAUCAGCAGCAGAUACUUCAGAAAGGCACAAGGACAUGGAUAUGGAGGAUACGGAUUAGGAUAUGGCGGAUAUGGUCUCGGGUAUGGAGGCUAUGGAGGUUAUGGAUAUGGCGGUCUAGGAGGCUAUGGAGGAUACGGAUACGGUGGUCUUGGAGGAUAUGGAAGUUUUGGAUACGGAUAUAAUGCCUACUUGUAG